AUGGGUCGAGUAUUCAUCCGAAGACAAAAUCCUUCUCGGCAAUUUGUGUCUGAGGACGACCUGAACGCCGUAUUGUCACAAACACACUUCGAAGUUGCAUCAUCACUAAAGGUGAAACAUGGGGCCAAGGUGAUGAAGCAGCCUUACAACUACUGGUUGAAGGUUCCAGGAAAUGUUGGAUGGGACAGGAAGGGAUCUCCCAAAUCCAACCUACACAAUGCAGUAAUCCAAAUGGAAAAGAAUAAAUAUUACACGGGAGUAGAAGGAAGCGUCACUGUAUAUGAUCCUCAAGUUAAGGAGGGACAAACCUACGCCCAAAUUUAUGUAUUCAAUGGUGAUGAUCUCGAUUAUUAUAAUUUAAUCACGACGGGAUGGAUGGUCAGUCCAGAUAUAUACCAUGAUGGGUCUCCUCAUUUUUUUGCAGUUUUCACGAAUGAUAAUUUCGAGCAAGCAGGUUGCCUUAAUAAUAUGUGCCCAGGAUUUGUGCAAACACACAAAAGCGUAUAUCUCGGGGCAACUAUUACUAAUGUAUCUGUACCAAAUGGACCUCAAUUUCAAACUACAAUCUCUCUCCAACGGGACUCAAAUUACAACUGGUGGAUAUCAAUUGAAGGUUUUGUUGUGGGAUAUUAUCCAAAAGAAAUUGUUUUUAAUUUGAAUCAACCUCAAGGCCUUGGAUGGGGAGGGGUUGCUGUUGGUAACCCAAAUGGAAAUAGUGCCCCACCCAUGGGUUCUGGAGAAUUUUCAGAUGGUAGUAAUGCAUGUGAAUUUUCAAAUAUCCAGUAUAGAAAUCAAGAAAACACAACUCUUGCACCUCAAUCACCCCAUUACAAAAUCAUCACUGACAACCCCAAGUGCUAUGACUUGAAAUAUGAUGGAUAUAAAAAUCCAGAGUUCGGAUUCACCUUUAAAUUUGGGGGGCCUGGUGGAACAUGUUCUAAUUAA